AUGACGUAGUGAAAGCGUGGGUGAAAGGUCACAGUCGUCUGACAGGCAUGGCGGAAACGCAGCGGCGAAGAGUUCGGUUUAACACAGCGGGACGAAGAGGUGGGAAGCAAGAAAAAUCACUGUCAAGUGAAGAAAUAGCUAAAAGGAAAGAGACUAUCCAGCAUGAGUUGAGGAAGAAGCGAGAAGCUGAACAGAAAGCACUGCACAUUGUUCAACGUCUUCUAGAAUGUAACGUCUCUGAAGACUUUCUCAUUGAUUGUGCAAUAUUUAUUUCUCCUGCAAACUAUAAAGAUGCUGUAGAAGAAAGAGCCAUUAUAAAAAUAUGUGGCUAUCCUGUCUGUCAAAAUGCACUUGUAAAUGUUCCUAAGCAGCAAUUCAAAAUUUCAACAAAAACCAACAAAGUAUAUGAUAUUACAGAAAGAAAGUGUUUCUGCAGCAAUUUCUGUUAUAGAGCAUCUAAAUACUAUGAAGUUCAACUCCCUAAGACACCACUGUGGACACGAGAAGAAGCACGAAACCCAGAAGUGAUAUUGCUGAAGCAAGGUCAAAGUGGCAUUGCUGGGCAGGAAAUAAAGCUUUCUGCUGAUCGGAUUAGGGAAUCUGAAAUUGAAUUCCCUGACUUAAUGAAGAGUGAUAUGCCUUCAGCCUCCACAGAAAGUGAAAGUGAUGACAGUGAACCAGAACAGGACUUUGUGUCCAGUUUUAUAACUGGGGCUAAUGCUACGACAAACAGAACAGAACAGAAGCAAGCUCUGUGUACUAAAUCAGGACAAAUGACCACCAUUAAAGAAGAAAACAGUGAGAAUUCCAUACAGGUCAAAAGUGAAAGUGAGAGCAGUUCUUUAGAAGAAUUUACAAAGGCAUUCGGCAGAUGCAUCAUAAGUAGUGAUAAGACUUCAGAUGUCUCUGCUCAAGCUUCUAUGAAAGAUGAGAUUGAGAAAGAUGGCUCUUCAGUUAAUGCUAAGGAUGAAAAUUUAAGUAUAGUCCUCACUUCAGAUAUUGACUCAGUAGGUAUAAGUAAGAAAGGGGCAAAUGGGUUAAAAAGUUUGCUUGAAAAAUAUACAAGAGCUGAAACAAAGAAACACACAGAACCUCUAAUUCUAAAGAAAUGUUUACUGAAGAAGCUUAAAGAAACACUAGCUGAAUGGAAGACUGCAGAGACACUUAAAUUUAUCUAUGGUGUGGACUAUAAACCAAAAUGUCAGUAUUCUGUUGCUGUUCCAGGAGUUGAAGAAGAACUUGAUGAGGAUGACUUAGCUGUAGAGACUAAUAAUAUUAGUCUUGUUGACUGUGAGUUGGAAGUACAAAGUGGCUUGCAAGAGACUGGCCUUUCCAAAGAAUCAAAUAAAAAUGUCACACUUUUACAUGACUAUGAGACUAUCAAAAAGGAAACAGAGUUAUUUGCUUUUAGAGUUGGUGACUUUUAUCAAGGAGACUUUGUCCUGCCAGAGGAAAUCCAGGAAAGACAAAUUUCGGAUCAAAUGAAACCUUCAUUUCCGUUAAUUGAUUCAAGGUCUCAACAUGCUAUUCGGAGGCACAUUGUUCUGGAAAAAUUAAUAAAAAGCUUGAAAGACGUUUUGGGACCUUUCCAGCUUACCUUAUAUGAUGUUUCAUCGAAUCUUAACAACCUUGUAAGGACGUUUCGGUUUACAAACUCAAAUAUUACGCAUAAGAAUUUAGAAUGGACUUUAAUUGGUGUUAUCCUCCUGUCUGUAUUAUCUUGUGUUUCUCCAGUAAUAAAGGAAUCUUUACAAAGACAUACAUCUACUAAAUUUAUUUUGGCACUUAUGAAGGAGCUAUACCUGAAGCAUGAAGAUUUUGGCACCUUAGUUCAAAUACUUACAAGUGAUGACAUCUUUGCAGUAUAGGUCACUUAUGAACGAAACACGCAAAUGAAGUUGAAGAUGAAUUUCCUGCUUUGGCAGUUGACAUUUCAUCAUUCCGUUUUUGUUAUCAGGAUGAUUUUUUUCCAUCUGGCAGAAAACAGCUAUAUUUCUCUUUUCUGUAAAGUUGAAAUAAAAAGUGAUU